CAGUCCGGUGCCGAUCAUACGUACGUACAUUUGAAUUAGGUGAAAAACUAUGACUCAUUAUUAUUAUUAACGAUUGUUAUUUAACCCGAGCGAAUAUUUUCGAGAAAUAUUUAUCACCCCAGAGAGAUAACGAGAUAACAUGGCUUAUCUCAACUAAAAAACAUGAAAAUUGUACUGUUUGUGCCGGAACUUUUCAGUGUAAUAAACGUAAUAAAAUUGUGAAGUUUAGUACCAAAAAAUGUGUUGCACAGAAGGCCUGACGAGAAUCCUAGUUUUUGUGGCAAACUUUGCCUUUCUGCUAGUUGGUGUUGCUUUACUAGCACUAGGAAUCCUCCAUACAGUGAACUAUAAUCACUAUAUAGAUGCCAUCCCUAAAGAUUACCAGCUGGUCCAGCACGUGCCCACCAUAGCUAUAGUAGUAGGCUCCAUCAUCUUCGUGAUAGCUUUCCUAGGAUGCUGUGGAACGUUGAAAAGCAGCACCUGCAUGUUGACCACUUACGCCUCAAUUCUACUACUGAUUUUCUUCGCGCAAGUUGCUUUGGGGAUUUUCGGAUUGGUAACCAUUAAAGAUGACACUGAUUUAAAGAAAAACAUUGAAGCAUCAGUUCAGACCUUGUUUAGUAAAUACGGGCCCAACAAUGAGACAAAUAAGGUGAUAGACGUGAUCCAAGAUAACUUGGAAUGUUGCGGAGUUACCGGACCAACUUUCUGGAUUAGCAUUGGGCAGAGUGUGCCUAAGAGUUGUUUUGCUGAUGGAGCUUUACUUCCGUACACUCAAGGUUGCUCUAGUGCUUUGCUGAAUUUCGUAAUGAGUUCUGUAAGGAUGAUCGCUAUAGUUGCGUUAGCUAUCUCACUCACCGAGAUAGUGGGUGCGGUCUUGGCGCUAUUUUUGGCGAAUUGUAUCCGGGCGAAUCAGCGGAAAGGGGCGUAUUAUUAGUUUUGUGAUAAAUGGGAUUUAGAUAUGGGUUUUUUCAAGUCUUUUAGCUUAUCUAUGGCUUAUUUUUUAACAAAUUGUGUGCUAGUAUUAGUUAUUUUUGUAUAUAUAGGUUUGAAGAAAUAUAUGUUUUUUUGUAUAAUCUAA